UGUAACGCACUGUGCGUGUGAAAAGUGCGGGACUGCUUCGUUACUGAAGGCGGACUCUGCGCUCUCUGCGUCACGGCGCGCACCGCACACUUCAUUUAUUUCACUUCCCAGUCGGUGCCUGGUGUUUGUCUGGUGCUCCUGCAUAAAGGUCUCCUCCAUGCCAGUGAGGUGUUCAGAAGCGCAGUGAAGAUGGCCAUCCAUGUGGAAGGGCUGGUGGCGAUCGUCAUCUUCUACUUACUGAUCCUCGGCGUGGGAAUAUGGGCCGCCUGGAAGAACAAGAACUCCGGCGUGGAGGAGGGAGCGGACCGCAGUGAGACCAUCAUGGUCGGGGGGAGAGACAUCGGACUGUUCGUGGGAGCGUUUACCAUGACCGCUACGUGGGUGGGAGGUGGAUACAUUAACGGCACGGCUGAAUAUGUGUAUCUGCCUGGUUUCGGCUUGGCCUGGGCGCAGGCUCCCUUUGGAUACGCCAUGAGUCUCGUACUGGGUGGCCUGUUCUUCGCCAAGCCCAUGCGCUCCCGCGGCUACGUCACCAUGUUGGACCCUUUCCAGCAGCUGUACGGAAAGCGCAUGGGCGGCCUGCUCUUCAUCCCCGCGCUCAUGGGGGAGAUCUUCUGGUCGGCCGCCAUCUUAUCAGCCCUCGGAGCAACACUGAGUGUCAUUGUGGACAUUGAUAUUAACAUGUCAGUCAUCAUUUCUGCCUUCAUCGCCAUUUUCUACACACUGGUUGGUGGUGUUUACUCAGUGGCCUACACAGACGUGGUUCAGCUCUUCUGCAUCUUUGCGGGACUGUGGAUCAGUGUCCCGUUUGCGCUCUCAAACCCUGCUGUGUCUGACAUCGGCCUGACUGCAGUAAAGGAGCUCUACCAAGAUCCCUGGCUGGGGUCGAUCGAAAGCACAGAUAAAUGGAUGUGGGCAGACAACUUCUGCCUUCUGAUGUUGGGGGGAAUUCCCUGGCAAGUCUAUUUCCAACGGGUUCUUUCUGCCUCUUCAGCUACCUAUGCCCAAGUCCUUUCCUUCCUGGCUGCCUUCGGCUGCAUCAUUAUGGCCAUACCCUCCAUCCUGAUCGGAGCUAUUGGAGCCUCCACAGAUUGGAAUCAGACGACCUAUGGGCCAAACCCUCCUAUGAAGAACGACGAGUCAGAAAUGAUUCUUCCAAUCGUGUUGCAGUACCUGUGCCCUCCCUAUGUCUCCUUCUUUGGGCUGGGGGCAGUGUCUGCUGCGGUGAUGUCAUCGGCUGACUCAUCCAUCCUUUCAGCCAGUUCCAUGUUCGCCAGGAACAUCUACCAACUGGCUUUCCGCCAGUCGGCAUCAGACAGUGAGAUAGUCUGGGUCAUGCGGAUCACCAUCUUUGUUUUUGGUGCUCUGGCAACGGCCAUGGCUCUCCUGACAGGUACAGUGUAUGGGCUCUGGUACCUAAGCUCAGACCUGGUCUACGUGAUCAUCUUCCCACAGCUCCUCAGCGUCCUGUUUGUGCGAGGCACCAACACCUAUGGUUCAGUGGCAGGCUACGUCUUCGGCCUGAUCUUGCGCGUCGGCGGCGGUGAGCCUUACCUCAAACUGCCCCCAUUUAUCUACUACCCGGGCUGGUACGUCAUGGAAAAGGUGCACCACAAAACGGGGGAAGUGGAACAUCUGAUAAUGCAGAGGUUUCCUUUCAAGACGGUCUCCAUGCUGGCCUCCUUCCUGGGCAACGUAGCCUUCUCCUACCUUUUCAAGUACUUGUUUGAGAGUGGCACACUGUCAGCCAAGUAUGACUUCCUGGAUGCGGUAGUGGCCAAGCACAGUGCUGAGAUCAUGGACAGGACCACGCUGGUGAACAGGAAUGUUAUCGGGCUGAAUGAGAUGGCACCAGUGCGGCCACGUCUCAGCGUCACUUUGGCCAGCACCUUCAGCAGGAAAGAAACCCUCACUGAAGAGGAGGAGGAGGACUCCAGCCCAGAGUCUCCUAUUCAUGAAAAUGAGUAAAGACCACUACAUUUUCAAUUAGGACCAUGGCCAUGAUGGGAAGGACAGUGCCUCGUGAGAUGUACAUCCUUGACAACGGAUGAAAAUGGACAGUUAACCAUAUGUAUUGGAUUUUCCAUUGCUGCAGCAGGAUAAGCCAAAAUGGCAAAACAGGAGCAAAUGUGGAAGAAACGUGACAAAUUGCAUCAUAUAUUACAUCAUUCCAGUGGAAAGCAGGUUUGCUUCAGUAUGGUAUGUAUAAACCCUGAACUCAAUUUGCUCCUCUGCUCUGAGGGAGAACCCUAGAUACUGUGACUAUACCAUUACCAUUGAGGCAAUAUUUAUUUCUCUGAACCUUAUCCUAGGUCAGGACUCAUUUACAAAACCUAAAUAAAAUACACUGUGCAUUAGCUUACAGGUUUAAUGACUAUGUACCCAAAAUCAGAGCCCCAUGUUAUACAGUAUAGCAUAGUUCAUCUUAUCAUCUUGUACUUAAAAUGUAUAAAAAAUAGUUACUAGCUGUUCCAUUAAUCUAGCAAAUUGUUUCAAUCCCAUUGAUGAUAUACAGUAUAUGGCAUAACUAUGAGAUAAUUACACGUCCAGUAUAUUCAUAUUUUUGUGUAAAUUUGAGAACAGGAUGGGGAAAUUGAUGUUACAAUCGCCUUAACUAGCUGCGCUGUUCAAAUAGAAAUUCAAAUGGUUCCCUGCUCUCUAUGUAGUGCACUAUAUAUCAGUGCAGGUGCCAUUUCAAAUUAGCUUGAUAUUAUGCAAACGGUUCAGCAGCCACUUUCUUAGAAAAGGAAGUUGCUGCUACAAAAGACUAAAGGAUAUGUGCUGUUAUAUUUUAUCUGCAAACUCAUAACUGCGGUGUCUAGUCUGAGGCUGAGUCAGUGUUCAUUUGUUGUCUUUUCUUGUCUGAUGUGUACAUAUAUACUGUAUAUAUUAAUAUAUUUUAAAGAUGUACAAAGUCAUAAUUUUAUUUUACUGUGUUGGUAGAGUUACUCAGUUUGGUGAGAAAAAGGUUUUAGGCCAAUAAAUCUAUAUUUAUUUAUUUAUUCUGGCCUUAAAAAGAUUCUAAAUGUAGAAGAAAUCAUAAAUAAAUUCUGUUAUUACAAAGUUUAAUGAUUGUGUCUUGUUGCUACGUGUAAGUUCCAGACAUGAAGCUCCGAAGAAAUGACAUUGUCCGAAAAAAAUGUGACAUUAACUCAAAGUCAAAUAAAGGGAUCUAAAAAUAGCUCCUACGUUACUUACAUUCCGCUAAGUGCUCUGGUUAUAUUGGCAGAGGCGGAGUGCAGGAAGGAGUGGGUGGAGGAGAAGAAAGGGGGUUUGAUUGGGAGAGGCUUUUUUUCCCUCCACUGCGACAGUUUCUUGAGAGUGGUGAAGGUUGGGGUUGGGGAUGAUGAUGAUGAUGAUGAUGAUGAUAAUGACGAUGGUGACGUGGAUGACGCCACUCCACCCUCUUGCGUCCCUUGUUCGGCCUCCGUCAUGUCCUUGGUCCAAAAGUUUAAUCCAAUUAAGUUGCCGUAGCUGCCAGAGAUUCCAUUCACUAACAACAGCAAAGUGCACUUGGCUUGAUUAAUAUCCAGAGAAUGAAAAUAAAUAAAUAAGAUUGAUUCUCCAGUCUAAGGGGGCUAUUCGUGACCAUCCGAAAUAGCAUUUGGAAAUGGAUCAGUUAUCAUGCAUGCACAGAAUUGAAUGGGGUUUCAGUCUCUAAACAAAUCAACCAGAUGUGUAAAUAGUCUUCAGACUUUAAAGUGAGACCGUUUUAGUUGCUUGUAUAUUGUACCAUACAUGUAUCAGCUAGUUGAUUUACAUUUGGUGUCACGUCUCUUACGAACGACUAUUAAUGGUAUGCUCUGAAAUAUGGGGACUUCUGAUUCAAUCAGCUUGGAGAUGGAGAGAGGACAUGUGUCCUGUUUUAUAGUCUAAUCAAUCACCUCUUCUACAACAAUGGGGUUAACGAGCUCAGAGUCUCUGAAUGCGAAAGCGACUGGCUCCGGCUUCUGUCCUCUUACUGAUUCUGAAUAGAUCCUGUAUAUUAAAACCUGUAUAUAGAACCUUCACUUACAUGUUCAAAGCAUAACGAAUAGAUACAGCAAAGUUUUACACAGCCUUUUAUUCACUUGUUAUAAAACUGAGCUGCUACUUACAUUAAAAAUUCUCUUUUAAAAAAACUACAUAUAUGUGCAACUAAUUUAUACCACAACGCUGUUAAAUUCUUGAUUUUGAUUGGCCACAAUAUCUAAAAGUAUUCCUGUCUGUAAUUCAAAUCACAGGUUUAUAUUAAGCGCUCAUUCUAAUACAUUAAUCUUUCUAUACAAACAACUGAGGCGGAUCCUUUACAAUGAACUUUUUUUCUUUUUAAAUAUGCAUCAUUAUUAAUAUGGUUUUCAAUAAGGAGAUAUUCAUUUCACAUUUUUCACAGUCAGAUGUAAAACUUUAAGUUUUCCAACAUGGAAAGUCUUAAGGACUGAGCUCUGCUUUUUUUUGCU